UUAACAUGUUGAAGGCUGAGCUAAGCUUGCAGUACCGUUUAGAAGAGGAAUACUGGAGAACGAAGAGCAGAAUCCAGUGGCUUCAAGCAGGUGACCGCAAUACCAGGUUCUUUCACUCAAAAACCAAGCAAAGAAGAAGUUACAACAGGAUCAUUCACAUCUCUGAUGAAGAAGCUGAGAUCAACGACAAGUUAACCCAAGAAGUUACAGACAAGGAGAUAGAGGAUGCUGCUCACGCUAUCAAUCCCGACAAAUCACCAGGGCCGGAUGGAAUGAAUGCAGGAUUCUUCAGACAUCAUUGGGAAACCAUUAAACAAGUAAUGAAGCAGAUGGGCUUCUGCGAAACUUGGUGCAAAUGGAUCCACACAUGCGUGUCAACUGUUACAUUUUCAGUUCUUGUGAACGGAGAGCCCUCAAAGCCCAUCACGCCAACUAGAGGAAUAAGACAAGUAUUUUGUAGAGCAACAGAGGAAGAAUGCCAGACCCUAAUGAACACACCGGCAUGCGUUUCUCCGCCUCAACUUGCCCAUCAUCGACUCCGGAAGAAACCAGAAGAGAUCGCCGGACCGCUCGUUUCGCCAGAGCUCAGAUACCCGCAGAGCCUCCGCCGAAACCACCUAUUUUCCUUGCUUUUACAUCAUGUCGGAGGUCUUUCUCAAACCAUCGAGAUAUCCCCCGACACAACCAAACUUCCAACCACUAGAGAAAUCAUCGUUCUACCCGCACUGUCAACACGCGGAAGAGAUCAAUCGAAACACGAGAUCAUCUCCGCCUUUGAACCGCUUAAAACCCUAGACGCGCGCAUCGAGAACCACCUAAUUGUUGACUUGACCGACUUCACCUCGGCGGAGAGCUUCAUCAUCAAAACGAGAACUCCUCCGCCCUGUCCCAGAACCACCUAG